GUGUCGCGGCGGCUGCGGGGCGCGGGGGGCCGGUUCCCCGGUUCGCUGAGCAGCUCCGGCGGGGAGGGCCCGGGGAGGCGAUGUCCUCGCUGGUGAAGGAGGACCUGACGAAGAAGCUGUUCGGCCCUCGACGGCAGAGGCUGCACGAAUUCAUCGAGGUGGAGGGCUCGGGCGCCGAGCGCUGCUACCUGUGCGCCGCAGUGAAUAAAAGUGAAGAAGUAGAAAUAUGUAUGGUUAAACACUGGCGAGUGGAUCGAGAGGAAAAAUAUGAAAUUGUUGAAAAGUGGCUUUUGAAAGAUCUGGAGAUGAUUGAUGGAAAAGAAGCAGAUACUGAUAACCCAUAUUUUGAUAUGCACUUCCACAAAGUCUACAAUCUGGAAGCAUAUAGUUGUGCAUCUAAAUAUACUUUUGCUCGAACACUAAACAAACUGAAUGAAAUGUACCUUAAGAAGGACUUGAAAAUUGUGAACUUUGAUGACACCUACCUAAAUGAUGAUUCAAUCUGGUCAUCCAACAACAGGGACUGCCUGGUACUUAUGAGGAUAUGCUUCUAUGCUUCCAACCUUUUAUGUCUCUCCCUGUGUCCUUUGUCUUAAAGAUGGAUUUUCUAACUGUAAGGUGACUGGUUGAAUUUCUCUGACCAGCAUUUCAUAGAUUAUCUGAUGAAAAAUAUAGUGAUAUGCAGCAUCUGCUUUUUAAUUUUACAUAUAAGUAAAAAAGGGACCAUAUAUUUUACAGAAAUUAUACACCAGUCAUUUUUAUGUAUUAGGAAGGACUCACUCUGGCAAAUACUUCAGUCUAUAUGAGAGUCUUAACAUGGGACCAGUAAUGCUGAUGGUCAGUGCUGACUGCUUAUGUAAGUAGAGUUCAGCAUUUGCUGAUAUGUUCAUGGAGGUAUGAAUUAUCUUAUAUUAAUAACUGGAAAUAAUUUUAAAGCAUUAAGACCCCUAGCAGUUAGUUUAUGUCCUGAAAAUAGAAAAAAAAAAGCAAAAAAAUCAAUCAAAUGAGUUCUGUAUGAGAAUGAUUGACAUUUCUAUUUUCAAAUGUGUUAAAAAAUAGAAAUACAUUGAAGAGCUCACACCUACAUCAAUACGAGAAUCAAGCCCUCAUCCUGAUGAACUGGAAAUACCAUGGGACCAACUUUUCACCUAUGCAGUUGUAUUAUUUUUCCCUUGGAAUACUUAGUGCUCCCUUUGGCCUUCCCAUUAUUUGUGGUAUAGUUUUAGAAAUAGAAUUUUUUUUUUCUUAAGAAGAAUGCUUUAUUUGUCAGACUUUUCAGAACUUCUUCUCUACCUCUGGUCCAAGAGCUAACAAAUCACGAUGUAAACAGUAGUUGGCUACUACAGUUAUUUUUCAGGCAAGUGACAUUCUUUUCAAAAUUCAGAGAAUAAUAAUUUUCACCAGUUUAUAGAUAGGUGUAAUCAUCUUCAGCACACUGCUUAAAUCUGUAUUAGUACUUAAGUGCAUUUCACAUGGGGUGGAGUAUAUUGAUGGCCUUGGAACAUCUCACCUGUAACAAAAAAUAACAUCUGGAUUUGUGGCAGUAUUAUAUUAUAGUAGAAAC